CUGCGAAAAGCCCAACCUAUCCUCCCCACUAGUCAUCUGUACCUCCUGCGACGGCGGCCGGCGGCUCCAAGCACCGCCUCUCCCGCUGCUGCCGUGAAGCUCACACACCACCAUCGCCCCCACUCACCGCGGCUACAUCCACCGCAGAUCCCUCUCCACGCUCCGCGCUCCUUCAUACCCAGAGCCGGUUGUAAGCCCCCGCGCGCCCCUUGGCGUAGCACGCAAGCUUGGUGCUUGACGGAUUGCCGGAACCCCUCAUCACCUCGCGCUCUGCCGUCGCCGUCGCCGUCGCCGUCGCCACAGAGCUCGUAUUUUGAUUCUGACUUAAGGGGCAUGAGGUUUGCGGUGACGAAGGUGUGCGGUGGUGGGGCAAAAGCGCGGGCGGGUGUGCUGCACAUUGGCGGCGGGGGCAUUGGCAUCGAGACGCCGGCGCUGCUGCUGUCCACGCGCAAAGGGCUGCCGUCGUUCGUGUCCUGCGACCUCCUAGCCUCACUGCCCCUCCCGGACUCCCUCCUCCUCCAUGUCUGCCCAACCCACUUUAUGGAGGGCCCUCCGUUGAAAACUAUAUCAAACAUUGGCGGUUUGCACCGAAUGCUGGGUUUGCCUGACCACAUUCUUGUAGCUGCGGCGGGUGAUUCUAUUGAGAGUCUGCCAUCAAGUGAAGCCACCAACAAAUUUGGUGCCUCCUUUGAUACACCUUCUGGCCGCAGACUGGUCAAACCAUCAGACUAUAUGGAGUUGGUUUCCUGCAUGAAGCCUAAUUUAUGGGCCAGUUUGGCGGAUGAGGUACCUGCUUGGGUGACUGAGAAACGGAACAAAAUCUCUGUUGACAGGACAUUGUGUUGGCUUGAUGCAUGUAUUGCUUUGGAUACGGCUUCUGGAACAAAUAGUUUUGGUGUUGUUGUAGGAGGAUCUAGCAUAGAACAACGAAGGCUAUGUGCCACAGAAGUAUCGAAGCGGAAUGUUUCAGGCUUUUGGAUUAGUGGAUUUGGCUUUGGAGAGAAUAUUGAUGAACGCUGCAGUUUACUCAAUGCAGUAACAGAUUGCUUGCCACCAGAAAAACCUCGGCUUGUGUCUAGGCUUGGUCUUCCAGAGGAGGUCUUGGAGGGUGUAGCUGCUGGUAUCGACCUCUUUGACUCCACGUACAUAUACCAACUGACUAUGGGUGGUUUCGCACUGAUCUUCCCUAUUGACAUGGUUGAAAGAGAGACACAGAAUGGUCUGUUUGACAAUGAUGGUGGAGAUUCAACAAAGAUUAACCUGCGCGCAACAACAUAUCGGAAAGACACAUCGCGGCUAGUUGAUAGCUGUAGCUGCUUCACGUGCCAGAAUCACACUCGUGCUUACCUCAAUCAUUUGCUCAAUGUCCAUGAGAUGCUGGCUCAGAUUCUACUGGAGAUACAUAAUACCCAUCAUUAUCUUCGUUUUUUCCGUUCCAUACGGGAGGCAAUCAAGGUUGGAGAGUUCGAUCUCUUUCGGCAGCAGUUUGUUAAGAAGAGGCGUGCCCAUAUCGCCGCUGCUGUACUGUAGACGUGGCCAAGGGUUCAUCUGGCUGUCCUCACAAGACUGACCGGUCAUGUAAUCAGAUUUAUGUACACCUGAAUCUUUACUAGUGAACUCUGACGUCAAUCAUCGACAAAUCUCAAAAGGUUGCCUUGGAAGUUGGAACAUUAGAGGUUUCCCAGAAAACAUGGAAGCAGAUGUUAAAAUGGAGUGUUGGAUGGCAUUCAUCUCUUACUUUUGGAUAAAUUUCCAGGAAUUUUGAAUUGAGUUCCAUUGGCUUGCA